GGUUAAAUAUCACGUGUGUACGUUUAUUUAUUUCGCGAAUAAUUAUCAGAAUCCGAUGUGAUUCUUUUUGUUAAGUCAGUUUUACAGCUAAUGUGUCGACGAUCACCGGACUACCGAGGCAAUUACGAGUAUGUCGCGAAUAUCGGAGAGAAUCACCGGCAUUCUGAAGCUAGCCGAUAGCUCGAAACUGACCGAUAAGAAGAAAUGCGUAAACGAGCUAUUAGAUCUGUAUCAAGAUGAUGAUGCUAUCAGGGAGAUAUGUCAGAAUACGGAGAGGAAAGCUUCAGGAAGAGCCAACUGGUCCAGUAUUAUACACACCGCCCACAAGCUAGUUAUCGAUGAAGCAGAGAGACCCAGUAAAGAGACGGCUGCCAAGAACAAUGAGAGACAACAUCUCAAUAAUCUGGUUAUCGACACAAUUCGCCGUGCCAGUGAGAGGUCAGCUGAAUUUCUGAGAGGCAGUGAAAUAGUCGGUAUAAUAUUGCAGAUAUUGGAUUCUAAGGUCUACGAUCAUUAUCAAGACACAUAUCUAAGAAUAUUGGUGAAAUAUAUAUUGCCUAAGAGUACAAAUCACAGUAAUAUCACAACGGAACAAUGGAGGGAACUGUUGACUGUUUGUACCAAGCUGUACAAAAAGCUCAAAAGUCACAUCGUGUUAGACGCGUUGCAGAUGAUCAUAGAUCAUUCUUUUUUGCACACCAAUUUACUUCCGCAUGUGAAGAAUUUGCUGUUGUUUCUGGAAAAGGUAUUUGAAGAUGUGAAGACAAACAAUGAACAGUUGAUAGAGUCUUUCUACAAACUGAGCAGCAGUGUAUGCAGGCAAAUUACAACGGAAUGCAGAAUCGCUCUCUGCAAGUUCAGCGAGAGCAUAUCAAUGGAUAUCUUACGUUUGAACGGCUCUGAGGAAAAAUAUAGGCUGCUGUUGAUCUUCCUGCAGAUUCACCAUCCAGAGGGUAUAUCCAAACAUGACGAUGGCGCUUAUGCAUUCGACUGGGACAAAUGGAGGGAUUUGCUGCGUAGCAUGUAUUUGCUUAUCCAGGAAAAUUGCAAAUUGGACGUGCAGUGGCACAGUUUUAUUCAGUUUUCCACUGAAGUAAUAAAACAGAUAAUAGAUAACUCGGUAAAUUUAUCUCUUGAUGGCUGUUAUUCUCAAUCGGCCAAACGCAGACGAACGAUGAACAGAAUUGAAAAUGUUAUCGAUUUGCUAACGGAAAGCAGCCCCGAAGAAGUGUGGUCGUUAUUAAGGAUUCUGACAGAAACACUAAGAAAAUAUCCACAAUGCUUGAGGUCGCAAGAUUUCGCGCCCUUGUUGCAACGCUUAACGGAACUUGCUCUAUCUCGAGACGAAUCUGUCAUGAACAUUUUGUACAAACUUGCCUCUGUUCUCAUGGAGAACGAGAUGUCUAAUGGAGAGGAAAUACAGGACGCCACAAUUCACUGGAGUAAGAUCUGGGACAUGCUACUUAGAUCUCUAGGAGCGAACCAAAACGAGGAGUCGGGUCAUUCGUUAGUUCGCUGCUUCAUAAAGUACAAUAGGAUACCAAAUGCGAACGCUCUCCUCAGAUUGUACCUGACCAAAACGAUCCGCUGGUCGCCGAAUAGCGUGCACACGUUGCGACAGCUGUGCGAGCGUGUCUCCCUGCCGGUGGACGCGACCACGUCGGUGCUGGACUCGUCGCCCAUGACAAUGACGGCGCCGAUCUGUGACAGAACGCGCCUCCUGGAGUGGCUGCUGAAUAUGCCAUGGCAGAAGCUGGCGGCACGACUGUCCAUCGAGACUAUCGAAGACAUCUGCGAGCUGUCGGUAAACCUCGUUCUGAGCUCUCGUUACAGACAAAAUAUCAGGACGGAGCAGAAAUUCUCGCAGAGCCGCGAGAAAACGCGCGUGAUCUCUUUCGUGCCACAACAGGACAUCCAUUCGACAGAUCUCCCGCAACUCUGUCACGCGUCUUUGACAUUUAAGGUGACAUUGUCGGCGAGUUCGAAGAACAAGCACGUCGAACAGGAUUCCGGGGUGGUGCUUGACACUGGAAGUCCUGUCUCCUACAUACACGAGGUGCUCAACUUCUUAAAAAGGCGGAUACAUGAUGUUAUUCAAGAGAAUGAGAAUAAAAAUAUAUCAGAAGUCCAUGUCAUACUGAUGAAGCUCGCCUUCCUGACGAGACUCCUGUCCGCUCUGAAGCAGCUAGGCAUUCUUACGACGAAAGAUGCCGUCGGCUACUAUUCACUGAUUGAUGCGAUGGAAAAACAACUGAAAACCAGCUUCGAAAUGCUGACGAAAAUCGAUUGGGCCAGGUACAAAUACAUUUACUGGCUUAGCGUAACUAGAGCAUUGAAGAUGCUCUAUGGAACAACCUACGACACAGAAAUCGCUAAGAUAAUCGUAUUGGCAUCUACAAUGGACAUGAUAAAAAACAUAUUCGAUCUCCUGAAUCAAGACGACAAAUGCGAUCAUUACGAGGACCAUAACGCUUUUCAGGAAAGACGUAAGCGUUCCGAUAUGUGUCUGGAAACAUCGGACUCGAAGCCCCUUCCACGCGAAGGUACGGUUCGUCUGCAGGUCGUAGAGGCUCUAUCGUCUUUUUGCGCUUUGCACGUCGACACGGACUGUAACAAGACGUUGCAGAAAAAGAUAAUGCAUAACCUGCUGACCCUGCAGCAGGACUUUACGAGCUACGUGGACUCCAGGAUGUCGCUGACGAUCCUCGAGUCGCUCGUUGCGCGCGACCACGGCGAGAUUCAGCGCGAGUGCGAAAAUGAGCCAUUGAAUCUUUUGCUAGACAUGAGCCAGAAGGGUUGCAAGGAUGAGGAAUUGUUGCGAUGGCUGUUGAAUCUACUGCCAGACUUUUUCGAGUAUGCGAUCGAGCACGGUUAUUCGCCUGAAAGGAUCAUCCACACGCUCGAGCAGAUUCACAAGCGUAUUUAUAAGAGAAACUGUAGUGUUCUCGUGCACACAAGCUACAUGAAGUGCGCAUGUAGCUGCGUGCGGAUCGAUCAGGAUUUUUCGUGGAGUCAGGUUGGCGUUGGCGACGACGACAACGUUCUAACGAUACUGGACAGUAUUCUCAGUUAUAUCGGUGAUGCGCUCUUUGUGCUCCGUUCGCAAGCAGUGCGAUGCCUGCAGGAGCUCCUGUCCUUCAGAAACAUCGCUCAUAAAUGGAAGGAACGGAUUUUCGUCAAAGUGGAGGAAACAGUAUUCAAGUUGCUCGACGAGACGGCCCAACAAUCGAGUUCUAAUGUACAAAACGACGAUCUCGUGGAGAGUCAACUGCGGGAUGAAAGAGAAACCAGGACGGCUACUGCGUUGAUCGCGAUGGCCUCCGUAGCGUGCGCCAGUGGGAUUCUUCAAGGUCGCGCCCUAUUUUCGAUAUUGCGACUGACGACGGAGAAGAAGGUGAAUGUGCAGACGGUGCGGAAGAUUCUCUUGGCGGCGGCGCAGCACACGAAGACAUACGUGUCGCUCAUUGAGGAUAACUUGAACUAUCUGCUGACUUCCUGGAUCAAGCAUUAUCCAUUGCAGAGCUUUCCAUGGACGCUUGCGGGAUGCGAGACUAUCGACGAGUUCUUUAAAAAGAAUGUCAACUGCAUUGUCCCAGUUUUAUUGCGUACUUCGAACAUCAACGAAGCCAUGUCUUUUUGCACAAAUACCGGUGUGGCCUUCAACAAGAUCUUCGAAGAUGUCUUUCCGUCCUGCUUCGUGUGGCUGAUAUCACGCGCUAUUGAAUCCGAUAGUGAAGCCGUCGAUAUAAUAUGCAAGUUGAUGAACAACACCGACGAGUUUGCAGACACGCCCAAAUUCAGACAACUAUUCUGUUCUCGUCUGCAGGACGUUCUCGUAGAACUGAUACGUCGGCUGCACGAUGAGAAAGACUUUAGACGCGUUCUCUCGAUUUCGUCCACGCACUUCCCGGCGAUGGAUCCGCCGCAUUUCUUACGAGAUGUUUUGGAUCUGUGCUUUGAUUAUCUAGAACUGCACACCUUACUAAACACGUGCACGCUGGUCGACCAACAACCAGCGACGCUGCAAAAAACGCUGUUGCAGCUUGCGAUUGCCAUACACUCGUCACGCUCUCGCGAGGGUAAGCUCAAGCGACUGCAUCAGUACAUAUACUUCUGCUCACGGUUGACGCUUGAUCUCGCGAAACCCGUUUUUGACGAGAUGGCCGCGUUCCUGAUCCGGGAUGUGUGCUACAGCUUAUUGCAUCUAACCAGGAAUCGUAGUGACGGCGACGAGACGUUCAUCGCAGCAUGUUGCAAAUUCCUAGAUCUGUUCCUAAGACAAGCGCUGCCCGCGAGAGCCGCGGAGAUCCGAGACGUUCUCCGGUUCAUCGUGGCGAACCUGAUUGGCCUGGCACAAUCAAAAAUGAGCAACGUCAACGAGAUUGCCGUGAGUCUACUUAGAUUUCUUGUGGUGGAGCAAAGAGACGUGCUACGAGAGGCCAUCGCGAAACUCGGCUCGUUCCCGAAUCACGAAGUCUUCCGGGAUGCGAGGGAGGCUUACGACACCGCCAGAUUGGAAAACGGAUCUGCGUUGUGCCUCGAAGACGAGCUGGAGCGUUUCCUGGACGCUAUGAGCGAGGAAAACGCCGAGUGCACGCUGGAAGAUCUCGCGAAUUUCACGCAGCAGCUGUCGACGAGGAAAAGUGAACUGCGGGAACUGCACCGAAAGUUGGAGAGGCCGUAUCCUGAAGAUAGUGCUAAUAUCCUGCAUCAGUUGAUAUUUAGACUCAUCAAGCUGACGGAAUCGCCUAAUCCGCGCGUAUCGAUGGAGGCCACCAAAUGCCUUGGCGAACUAGGCCCAAUAGAUUCCACAGUGGCUCUGCGACCGGCCGGAAGUCUCGUCCGGGAAGCAGACUACGCGAUAGAGGCUCUGACCUAUCGAUCCGUCGCAAUGUUAACGAGCUUUCUUGUGGAGAACUCAGUGGAACUUCGCAAGGUUAGCGCCGAUGCCCUUUACGCGGUGCUAUCGACCUCCUAUGGUCAGAAACUAUUUGACUCCAAGUACUCAAAGGACCUGUCGAAUAUUCUCGAGUGUGCACCUCUGAAGAUUGACUACAUCCGUCCGUUCGCUCGCGGCCGUUGCAGCAAGCAGACAUCCUUUCGCGUGGACGCCGCAAGAUUUCGUGUCAUCAUGAAUCCAGAAAACGCGCUAUGGACGGUCCAGAACAGCGAGAAUUACGCCGAGUGGAUUAUCAACAUCACCUGCAGUGUCGCCGAGUGCUUCCCAGACUCCUAUUUGGAGAACUUCCUGUUGGUUUGUCGACUCAGCGUCGAAUUCUGCGAGCUGAUUCUGCCGAGAAUCGUUUAUCUCGUCAUUCACAAAAACGACAGCUUCAUCGAUGCCAUGUGCGACUGCGUUAAUAAAUUCUUCAGGCAACACUUUGCGAUCAACGAGACGGAAACUACUGCAUCGCCGAUGUCGAAAGGCGACAGCUGCGAUCAAAAGAUCGUACGCCGCAUGUUGGACGUGGUGAACCACGUGCGCGCCCAGCUGCCGGACGGCGCGAUCUUAAGACUCGAUUACGUCUACCUGGCCAGAGCGGCGCACAAGUGCUCCGCGUAUUAUACGGCCCUGUUAUUCGCGCAACUCGCCUGCGGAUUAAUCUCGACGGAUUACCCGGACUUCAGCAGUGACCCGAGGAUCGACUACAUCUACGAACGCCAACCGGAGGUUGGCCGGGUGCUGCAAAACAUUAUGCUGGACACCUACCUGAACAUUAGCGACCCAGACGCCAAAUCCGGCGCCGGAUGGUCGCAUGUGCUUGAUCACGACUCCCGCGUACAAUACUAUGCCCGUGCCAAUCGCUGGGACGAGGUCAUGCUCGCGCAGGACAUCGAGUUGUCUAACCACAAUCACUCGACGCUGGCAAACGCCAGAACGGAGAUGGCAAGCGCGCUACACCGUUCGGGACUGCAAUUUCUUCAGUGGCAAUUCUUGGGCGACAGCCUGGAUGAGAAAUUUAGUUACGAAUGCGCCUGGAGACUCAGCAAAUGGGAUCUGCCCGUCAACGAGGCCACUGUUGCCAAUUAUAACGAUUUCCAAUCUCAGCAGUUGCGACUGGAGUCACUGGAGAACGCGUUCCACAUUCACCAUUAUAAUGCCUUAAAGUGCUUCCACGAGAACGACCGGCGGGGCACGGAUCGGGGGAUCAAGUUUGGCCGCAAGAGCGUGAUUCAUGAGCUACGAGUGAUCAGUCCGGAAAGUAGCAAAAUUGUCAAUCAAAAGCUGUCGCAGUUGCGGCUGCUGCGCGAGAUCGAACAGUUGAGCUGGGCGGCUGACUCGCCGGAAACGAGAUAUUCCGAGAUUUUGCAACGCUGGAACGAGCACGAGAUUAGUCUGAUCGGUCAAUUCGACCACGUGGAGCCAAUCCUAUGGCAACGCAUCACUAUGUUCCGCAUCCGCGAGUCCUUGUGGACAGAUCCAAACGUGCAGGAGGCAUUUUUUGCAACUUGCCUGGACCUGGUAAAGGUCGCGGAGGGUCAGGGCAAUUUCUCGGUGGCCACCCGAGCGCUGAGAACUCUUGAGUUGCAUCAAAAUCUGCCCAUGAAUCUGAAGAAUCAACUGCUCUAUCAGGAGUCGCUCUUGACAUGGAUGAAUGGCGAGCAGAUGAUGGCGCGUCAUCUGUUACGGAGCCUAAUCGAGAAGAAGAAUCCGAAGCCAAGCCUGAGAGCCAAGGCUCUGCGAGUCUAUGGUGAUUGGAUGGCGCAAACCAAGUCGGAGAAUCCUCAGGCAGUGAUACAGAAGUAUUAUCUAGCAUCCAUUGAGAUCAGCGAAGCUAUCGACGAGCAAUCGCCCGAUGUUAUCAGAAACUUGCACGACACACAGGUUGCACUGGCGCGCUUUGCCGAUGCGCAAUACCAACAGAUCAGCACGUACAUGAACUCCCCAACAUACAAGGCACUGAAAGAAUACGCUCGUAGCAAUACGGAUAAAGUGGACCAUGCGCAAAUGAUGAGGAAUCAGGACCUUAAACGCGCCGUGAUAAUCAGCCAGAAGCAAUCGACGAACGACGCGGCCGAGUUGAAGAACAUCGAGCAGGAAAAGCGCAACUAUCUCGCACAGGCUUUAAAGUAUUAUCUAAAGACGCUGCGCAGCAGCGAGGAACACAAUCUAUUAAUCUUCCGACUGGUGGCACUCUGGCUCGACAACAUGUACGAUGAUGAAGUGAACGAAGAACUGCUAGACGAGCUAGACAUCAUUCCGUCGUUCAAGUUCGUGCCGCUGGUGCCACAGUUGGCCGCUCAUAUAAGCAACGAUGUCAGGCAGCAACGUAGCUUCUCCGCGCGAAUCUUCCGGAUUCUCGAACGGUGCGCCCUAGAGCAUCCGUAUCACACGCUGCCUGUGGUGCUGGCGCUGAAGAAUCUGCACAGCGACGACGAAUAUGACCCGAGUUCAACAGUCACGAAGAAGGAAGAGCGUCGCGUGCUAGGUGCUAAAAGGCUUCUCAGCCGAUUGACCGAUUCCUCUGUGCGAACAAUCGUUCGUGAAAUGGAAAGUCUAUCGCGGGCACUACUGAGUUUUGCCUAUUGGCAACCCAAGGGUAGAUGCUAUACCAACAAAGGUUACCCAAUACCGCGGGAUCAGCCAAUAUCCAAGAUCAAAAACUUGAACAACGUUCUCCUACCGACCCUGAGUUUGCCUGUGAGACCAUCGGGCAAUUACGACAACGUAAUCGGCGUAAGAUCGUAUCAGGAGUCCUGCGAAUUCGUCGGCGGUGUGACCGCGCCCAAGAAGAUCAUCUGCGUCGGCACCGACGGCGUGCAGCGCCGGCAGUUGGUCAAAGGCAAGGACGACCUACGGCAGGACGCAGUGAUGCAGCAGGUAUUCACCGUGAUAAACACGCUGCUGCGCACGUGUAAGGAGACGCAACGACGGAAUCUACGUAUCAGAACGUACAAAGUGGUGCCGCUGACGCAGAGAUCGGGCGUGCUAGAAUGGUGCGACAACACGGUGCCCAUCACGGCGGCUCUGGUAGGUAGCUCGAGCACGCCUGGGAUGCACAAGAAGUAUUAUCCGCGGGACUUGACUGCAGAAGCAGCCAGAGACAAGUUGAAAAAUGCCGCACAAGAAUCGAACGAGGUGAAACUGAAGGUCUUUCUCGAGUGCUGCAAACGUAUGAGGCCGGCGUUUCAUCACUUCUUUGUAGAGAAGUAUCGAUCGCCCGAGACCUGGGUCGAGAGGACUCUUACAUACACGCGCAGCGUCGCCACCACAUCUAUCGCGGGUUACAUUCUGGGUCUUGGCGACCGACACCUGAGUAAUAUUCUCAUCGACGAGCGCACCGCCGAGGUGGUGCACAUCGAUUUUGGCGUAGCUUUCGAGCAGGGCAAGGUCCUGCCCCUUCCCGAGACAAUUCCUUUCAGGCUAACCAGGGACAUCGAGGUUGCCAUGGGCGCCUCUGGGAUCGAGGGCACCAUGAGGCGCAGUUGCGAAGUGACCAUGACAAUGCUGCGCGAUCAGAGGCAGAUUAUCAUCACGCUCCUUCAAGUUCUGCUAUACGAUCCGCUCUUCACGUGGGCAAUCACGCCGGAGAAAGCCUGCAAGAUGCAGAGCGACGUCGUAAGGGGUUUGUCGGAGAACAGUGGCCGAGCGCCUGUGGAAACCAACAAGAUCGCCAAGCGGGCUCUUUUGAGGCUCGAACAGAAACUGCGGGGCACCGAGGACGGUCUGGUGUCCAGCGUUUCCGGACAGGUCGAGAGACUCCUGCAGGAAGCGCGAGACCCCGCGAAUCUGUGCCGAGUUUACUGUGGCUGGCAGCCAUACUUGUGAAUACCAGUAAAUAGUUUUAUAUCCGCGACGAAUACUCGUAGAAUAAGUUUUGUAUGUUGCUUAAUGGUGUAAUGUACAUUUCGAAGUGUCCUUUUUAUACUUGUUGAAGUAAAGUUUUAUCAACAUUCCGAA